AUUUUUGUGCCAAAAUAUCUAAAAGCAUUAACCUUGUAUCUGUAAUCAGUAAAGAAAGGUUGUGAAAAAAUUUUCGACCCUUGAAAAAACGUAUCUGUACUUACAACAAUGUCAACUGGAUCUUAUGUUGGUCAGACAUUUAAAAAUAAACGUAAUGGUAUAGGUACCUAUAUUUAUAAAAAUGGAUAUUAUAAGUAUGAAGGUGAAUGGUUCAAUGGUAAAAAAUGUGGGAAUGGAAGAUUUUUUAUGAAGGAUGGUAGCAUUUAUGAAGGUAGCUUUAUUGAUGGAGAGAUGUGUGGGAGUGGUCGUAGAUUUUAUGCCAUAUCGAAAAACGAGUACAUUGGCCAUUUUAUGUUUGGGGAACGUCAAGGGUACGGUCUAAUGAGGUAUGGAGAUGGAUCCACAUACAAAGGAGAUUGGCAUCACAACGUACAACAGGGUCAUGGAGAGUUUGUCGACGUGGACAAAUGCAAGUAUGUUGGUGGAUUUUUUCAAAAUAAAAGAAAUGGACCAGGAUGUUUGUAUUCACAUAAAUUUUAUUACAUAGGGUAUUGGAACAAUAAUAUUUUUCAUGGCAAUGGUAUCCUAAAGAUGAUAAAUGGCAUAAAAUAUGAGGGCGAAUUCAAAAAUGGCAAACCAAAUGGACAGGGUAAACUAACACGUAAAACAAAUCUGCUGCCUAAUUAUGAAGGAUUCUGGAAAGAUGGUUUGCCUUGUCAAGCAGCAAAUCAUAUGAAAUUGUCAAUUGAAUCAGAUAAACAACAUUCAAAGACUAAUUCAGCAUGUUUAAUGGAAUAUCGAAAUUCUCCACUUGACGAGAAAAAUUAUAAGUUUGCUUCAUUUUCAAAAGUGGAAAUUGCAUCGCAUGAAUUGAAAACAAAAUGCAAUAUUGAUGUUUGCAUAUACAGCGAUAGUGGAAAGAUUUUGAUUGAAGGCAAGCAUUUAUUUAUUUUAAAAAGUAAUCGACAACUUGCUUUAUGGAUAGGAAAAAUUUGUAAAGAUAACAUACAAAUGAGAAUUCCUGUUGAUUGUCAAAUUUCAGUGGAAACUCCCCUUUUGUUAUCAUUGAAAGAAAAAGGAAUUUAUACAAUGCAAACACCUUUUGGUUCCCGCAUCUAUCCAGUUGGUUCGGUUACAUUGAUUUCUAAUAAAACAGUGGUAGAUAAAGACAGUUCAUUGGUACAUUCAUCUACUGAUGAUGAGGAUAUCAAUCAUGCUGUGUCUAAUCUUACUUUAAAUGAAGAAGAUAAUGCAAAUCAACGAUUAGUGAAUAAAAUUUUUGUGUACAAACAGUUUACUAAUCGUGGUUUCACUACUUACUCGAUCAUCAAAAAAUCUUCAAUCAAUAAUGAUAAGAAUACCAAUGAAACAAUUCAAACAGAACAUAAUAUAGUUGACGAUUUGACGUCAACCCCGGCGCUGGAUGAAGAUGAAUAUUCUAUUGAUUUAUCACAGAUAGAAAAGUCAGUUCUGUCGUUUGAAGAAUAUAUCAACUCAUCUCAGCUUAAUCCACUACAAUUAGACGAACAAUUUAUUUUAGUCGUUGAAGAUAUUACACCAAAGAAUGAAGAGAAGGAUGAAGAAUUUCAUUUGGACACUAUUCCUGAUCAUAUUUUGAAAACACCAGAACGCCUUUCACCACUUUUCAUUAAGCUAUGCUACACUUCAACUAAAUAAUUUGAAAACCUAGAAAAACGUCUGUCACAUUAAUGUAAUGCAGAUAAUUGUUGUAAUACUUUGUCACAUUUUGAAAUAAAUUCUUCAAGAAAAUGUAUUUUGAACAGGUGUAAUGUAGCUAGUUGUGAAUUCCAGGAAAAUUGAUUUGUCCUGUUUGGUACUUACUUCUCAGCUGGAAGUACCCGCCUCCUUGAAUCGAUGUCCACCUCUUGAAUUCGAACCCAGUACUUCUUGCUUCCAACUUCGAUGCCCUAAUCGACGAUUUAUUGCGUCUAGAUAGCUACUCACCGGCUCACCAGACAAGAACUUUAGUUUAAAUGAUUUAAAUUAUCCUGGCUUGUAAUUUGAAGUGGAAGAUACCAUGUUUGGGUCCCAAAGUCACCAUUAACUCAGAGAUGUAGUUACGCUUAGUUGUCA